AUGUGUUCCACCCACCGUGUAUUCAACCCUCCGUGUGUUCAACCCUCCGCGUGUUCAACCCUCCGCGUGUUCAACCCACCGCGUGUUCAACCCACCGCGUGUUCAACCCACCGCGUGUUCAACCCACCGCGUGUUCAACCCACCGCGUGUUCAACCCACCGCGUGUUCAACCCACCGCGUGUUCAACCCACCGCGUGUUCAACCCACCGCGUGUUCAACCCACCGCGUGUUCAACCCACCGCGUGUUCAACCCACCGCGUGUUCAACCCACCGCGUGUUCAAUCCACCGCGUGUUCAACCCACCGCGUGUUCAACCCACCGCAUGUUCAACCCACCGCGUGUUCAACCCACCGCGUGUUAAACCCACCGCGUGUUGAACCGUCCGCGUGUUCAACCCACCGUGUGUUCAACCCACCGCGUGUUCAACCCACCGCGUGUUCAACCCACCGCGUGUUCAACCCACCGCGUGUUCAACCCACCGCGUGUUCAACCCACCGCGUGUUCAACCCACCGCGUGUUCCACCCACCGCGUGUUCAACCCACCGCCACCGCGUGUUCCACCCACCGCGUGUUCAACCCACCGUGUGUUCCACCCACCGUGUGUUCAACCCACCGUGUGUUCCACCCACCGCGUGUUCAACCCUCCGUGUGUUCAACCCUCCGCGUGUUCAACCGUCCGCGUGUUCAACCCACCGCGUGUUCAACCGACCGCGUGUUCAACCCACCGCGUGUUCAACCCACCGCGUGUUCAACCCACCGCGUGUUCAACCCACCGCGUGUUCAACCCACCGCGUGUUCAACCCACCGCGUGUUCAACCCACCGCGUGUUCAACCCACCGCGUGUUCAACCCACCGCGUGUUCAACCCACAGCGUGUUCAACCCACCGCGUGUUCAACCCACCGCGUGUUCAACCCACCGCGUGUUCAACCCACCGCGUGUUCAACCCACCGCGUGUUCAACCACCGCGUGUUCAACCCACAGCGUGUUCAACCCACCGCGUGUUCAACCCACCGCGUGUUCAGCCCACCGCGUGUUCAACCCACCGCGUGUUCAACCCACCGCGUGUUCAACCCACCGCGUGUUCAACCCACCGCGUGUUCAACCCACCGCGUGUUCAACCCACCGCGUGUUCAACCCACCGCGUGUUCAACCCACCGCGUGUUCAACCCACCGCGUGUUCAACCCACCGCGUGUUCAACCCACCGCGUGUUCAACCCACCGCGUGUUCAACCCACCGCGUGUUCAACCCACCGCGUGUUCAACCCACCGCGUGUUCAACCCACCGCGUGUUCAACCCACUCCGCGUGUUCAACCCUCCGCGUGUUCAACCCACCGCGUGUUCAACCCACCGCGUGUUCAACCCACCGCGUGUUCAACCCACCGCGUGUUCAAACCACCGCGUGUUCAACCCACCGCGACCGUCCGCGUGUUCAACCCACCGCGUGUUCAACCGACCGCGUGUUCAACCCACCGCGUGUUCAACCCACCGCGUGUUCAACCCACCGCGUGUUCAACCCACCGCGUGUUCAACCACCGCGUGUUCAACCCACCGCGUGUUCAACCCACCGCGUGUUCAACCCACCGCGUGUUCAACCCACCGCGUGUUCAACCCACCGCGUGUUCAACCCACCGCGUGUUCAACCCACCGCGUGUUCAACCCACCGCGUGUUCAACCCACCGCGUGUUCAACCCACCGCGUGUUCAACCCACCGCGUGUUCAACCCACCGCGUGUUCAACCCACCGCGUGUUCAACCCACCGCGUGUUCAACCCACCGCGUGUUCAACCCACCGCGUGUUCAACCCACCGCGUGUUCAACCCACCGCGUGUUCAACCCACCGCGUGUUCAACCCACCGCGUGUUCAACCCACCGCGUGUUCAACCCACCGCGUGUUCAACCCACCGCGUGUUCAACCCACCGCGUGUUCAACCCACCGCGUGUUCAACCCUCCGCGUGUUCAACCCUCCGCGUGUUCAACCCACCGCGUGUUCAACCCACCGCGUGUUCAACCCACCGCGUGUUCAACCCACCGCGUGUUCAAACCACCGCGUGUUCAACCCACCGCGAGUUCAACCCACCGCGAGUUCAACCCACCGCGUGUAAAACCCACCGCGUGUUCAACCCACCGCGUGUUCAACCCUCCGUGUGUUCAACCGUCCGCGUGUUCAACCGUCCGCGUGUUCAACCUACCGCGUGUUCCACCCACCGCGUGUUCAACCCACCGCCACCGCGUGUUCCACCCACCGCGUGUUCAACCCACCGUGUGUUCCACCCACCGGUGUUCAACCCACCGUGUGUUCAACCCACCGCGUGUUCAACCCUCCGUCUGUUCAACCCUCUGCGUGUUCAACCGUCCGCGUGUUCAACCCACCGCGUGUUCAACCGACCGCGUGUUCAACCCACCGCGUGUUCAACCCACCGCGUGUUCAACCCACCGCGUGUUCAACCCACCGCGUGUUCAACCCACUGUGUGUUCCACCCACCGUGUGUUCAACCCACCGUGUGAUCCACACAUCAUGUGUUCAACCCACCGUGUGAUCCACACAUCAUGUGUUCCACCCACCGUGUAUUCAACCCUCCGUGUGUUCAACCCUCCGCGUGUUCAACCCUCUGCGUGUUCAACCCACCGCGUGUUCAACCCACCGCGUGUUCAACCCACCGCGUGUUCAACCCACCGUGUGUUCAACCCACCGCGUGUUCAACCCACCGCGUGUUCAACCCACCGCGUGUUCAACCCACCGCGUGUUCAACCCACCGCGUGUUCAACCCACCGCGUGUUCAACCCACCGCGUGUUCAACCCACUGUGUGUUCCACCCACCGUGUGUUCAACCCACCGUGUGAUCCACACAUCCUGUGUUCAACCCACCGUGUGAUCCACACAUCAUGUGUUCCACCCACCGUGUAUUCAACCCUCCGUGUGUUCAACCCUCCGCGUGUUCAACCCUCCGCGUGUUCAACCCUCCGCGUGUUCAACCCACCGCGUGUUCAACCCACCGCGUGUUCAACCCACCGCGUGUUCAACCCACCGCGUUUUCAACCCACCGCGUGUUCAACCCACCGCGUGUUCAACCCACCGCGUGUUCAACCCACCGCGUGUUCAACCCACCGCGUGUUCAACCCACCGCGUGUUCAACCCACCGCGUGUUCAACCCACCGCGUGUUCAACCCACCGCGUGUUCAACCCACCGCGUGUUCAACCCACCGCGUGUUCAACCCACCGCGUGUUCAAGCCACCGCGUGUUCAACCCACCACGUGUUCAACCCACCGCGUGUUCAACCCACCGCGUGUUCAACCCACCGCGUGUUCAACCCACCGCGUGUUCAACCCACCGCGUGUUCAACCCACCGCGUGUUCAACCCACCGCGUGUUCAACCGUCCGCGUGUUCAACCCACCGCGUGUUCAACCCACCGCGUGUUCAACCCACCGCGUGUUCAACCCACCGCGUGUUCAACCCACCGCGUGUUCAACCCACCGCGAGUUCAACCCACCGCGAGUUCAACCCACCGCGUGUAAAACCCACCGCGUGUUCAACCCACCGCGUGUUCAACCCACCGCGUGUUCAACCCACCGCGUGUUCAAACCACCGCGUGUUCAACCCACCGCGUGUUCAAACCACCGCGUGUUCAAACCACCGCGUGAUCCACCCACCGCGUGUUCAACCCACCGCGUGUUCAACCCACCGCGUGUUCAACCCACCACGUGUUCAACCCACUGUGUGUUCAACCCAACGUGUGUUUGUUCAACCCACCGUGUGUUCCACCCACCGUGUGUUCAACCCACCGUGUGAUCCACCCAUCGUGUGUUCCACCCACCGCGUGUUCAACCCUCCGCGUGUUCAACCCUCCGCGUGUUCAACUCUCCGCGUGUUCAACCCUCCGCGUGUUCAACCCUCCGCGUGUUCAACCCACCGCGUGUUCCACCCACCGCGUGUUCCACCCACCGCGUGUUCCACCCACCGCGUGUUCCACCCACCGCGUGUUCCACCCCCGCGUGUUCCACCCACCGCGUGUUCCACCCACCGCGUGUUCCACCCACCGUGUGUUCCACCCACCGUGUGUUCAACCCACCGUGUGUUCAACCGUCCGCGUGUUCAACCGUCCGCCUGUUCAACCGUCCGCGUGUGUAACCCACCGCGUGUUCAACCCACCGCGUGUUCAGCCCACCGCGUGUUCAACCCACCGCGUGUUCAACCCACCGCGUGUUCAACCCACCGCGUGUUAAACACACAGCGUGUUCAGCCCACCGCGUGUUCAACCCACCGCGUGUUCAACCCACCGCGUGUUCAACCCACAGCGUGUUCAGCCCACCGCGUGUUCAACCCACCGCGUGUUCAACCCACCGCGUGUUCAACCCACAGCCUGUUCAACCCACCGCGUGUUCAACCCACCGCGUGUUCAACCCACCGCGUGUUCAACCCACCGCGCGUUCAACCCACCGCGUGUUCCACCCACCGCGUGUUCAACCCACCGCGUGUUCCACCCACCACGUGUUCCACCCACCGUGUAUUCAACCCACCGUGUGUUCAACCCACAGUGUGUUCAACCCACCGUGUGUUCAACCCUCCGUGUGUUCAACCCACCGCGUGUUCAACCCACCGCGUGUUCAACCCACCGCGUGAUCAUCCCACCGCGUGUUUAACCCACCGCGUGUUCAACCCACCGCGUGUUCAACCCACCGCGUGUUCAACCCACCGCGUGUUCAACCCACCGCGUGUUCAACCCACCGCGUGUUCAACCCACCGUGUUCAACCCACCGCGUGUUCAACCCACCGCGUGUUCAACCCACCGUGA